AUGCCCCUGGGGGUACAUAGGAGGGAUCUCUUAGAAUACCUUCAAUUCCUCUACGGAAACCCUUCUCUGAUCCAAGCACUCUCACCAGCGUCCACCUCAACCUUUUCACAUUUUCCAGGGGAGCCGAAGGGCGGCGGCAGCCAGAGGCGCGGGGGCGGGGGUGUGGGGGACUCCGCUCUCAGUGGGAAGCCUCGCGGCGGGGACCCCAGAAUAAGUCGGGGGCGGGCCGCGGCGCAGCGGGCGGGCGGGGGCGGGCGGCCGAGCAGAUCCCACCCCUUCCUGAAGGAAGCGCCCUCCUCGCCGCCGCUGCCGCCGCCGCUGCCUCCGCCGCAGGUCACGGCCCCGCGAGGCGACCGCGGCCCCGCCGCACCGGAGCAGGUAGGCGCGGCGCCCGCGGCGCCCCCUCCUCCGCCCGGGCCGCCGGGCAGCCAGUGGGGGCGUCGGGCCCGGCUCCGCGCUCAGCCCGGAGGCGGAGCCCGGGAGCGGCGGGCGCUGCAGCGGGGCUCGGGCGGCGGUGUCCUCCCGGCCGCGGGGGCCCUGCUCGGCUCGGGCCCCCUCCGGGAGCGCCCCGGGCGCGGAGCCGCCCGCCCGAGCCCCCGCGGGCGAGACGCGAGUGUCCGGCGGCGUCGCGUGGUCCCCGCCGGCUCUCCCCCGCGCGCGAGCGCGGAGCCGACGCGCCUCGGUCCCUGCCGCCGCCGCCGCAGUGCUGUCCGCCGAGCCCCUGCGCCGCCCGCCGGCUGCGGUUCCGUCCCGUCCUUUGACAGGUGUCCCCACCCGCCGCCCCCUUCGGAACCCCAGGCCUUUUGUUGUCGGGAGGACUCUGGUCAGAAGCGACCCUAA